GCGUGAGGGACGUUCAAUUUUCCGCGGGAAGUGAUAAUAUAAUUUGCUGGUGUCAGGAAAAUCGCGUUCUCCAUUACAACAUGUCUUCUGAUGAACUGACAGAGAAAGAGCUCCUGAAGCUGGCGGGAAAAUCGUCCUUAAAGGCUAUUCAGACUUUGGAUCUUUCAGGGCAGGAUUUGCACAGCAUUGAUGUGGAACUCUUCAACAAGCUGACCUCUCUGACUGAACUUGACCUCAGCAACAACCAGCUCACAGACCUACCAAGGGAGCUAACUCUUCCCAAGCUGACUUCUCUGGACCUCGCAGAAAACGAGCUGAGUUCUGUGGAUUUUGUCACACAGUUUCCUCGUUUAAAGUCGCUUUAUCUGAAGAACAACAAACAGUUAAAGUCAGCAGAUUUGUACAUCGCGGCCUAUGUCUGUCCGUCUCUGGUCACUGGAGAUCUUGUCUCCAGAAGCGUGGUGUCACUGCAGAAUGUUGUGGAGUCCAUCAGUGAAAAUUUGAAAUUUAAGGUGCUGGGGGUGUGGGAUGCCGUGUUCAAGGAGAGAGUCAUAGGGAAGGCCUUUACAGAUGAAGAGAAAGUUGAACUUUUGCACGAAUUUAGAAAGGUUCUCCUCAAACAGAAUUUCUGUGAUGACAAUACACUUUUUAAAUUUUAUAAAUUUCUGCUGAAAUCCAUGGCUCAGGAGGUGAUCGGGAAAAUUGGGGACGCAAACAGUAAUGUUCAAGUACCAAAACGAGUGCGGAAACGAAAAUUGGAGGCAAUUCCAGAAGACAAUAUCCUGUCAGUUCCUGCUAAAGUUUCCAGAAAUAAGAAGGAGAAAGAUAACAAACAGAAGAAAAUGUCAACAAAAAGGAAAGACAAAGGUUUCACAGUCAUCAAACCAAAGUCCAAGCCCAUUCCAAGAGAUUCAUUUACACUGCCGGCAGUCCCAGAUUUCAGCCCUCUCCAUUUUGUGCGCUGUCACUCGUACAACAACAACGCUAAUGAUCAGGAGACAAAAGUGUGGCAGUGUGCUUUUGAGCCUGACACCAAAAAUCCAGGAAAACAGACUGACACAGUGGGCACAUGUGGAGGGCUGAUUGUUUGUUUACUGGACUGUAAAACUGGCAAAGUGAUGAGGCGCUACAAAGAUGACUGUGAUGAUGAGUCCUUCUACUGCCUGGCCUGGACGAUGGUUACUAUGGAAACCAAGGAUGCCACCUUCCCAACAACUUUAUUGGCAGUUGCAGGAGAAGGGGAGGUAAUCAAGCUGAUGCACCCCAGCCAGCUGGUUGUCUACGCAGCUCUGAAAGGACACAACAAAGCCAUACAGAGCCUUCUGUUUCAUCCUGAGAAACCUACUCAUCUCUUCUGUGGCUCUGAUGACAAUAGGAUAACCUUGUGGGAUAUUGGAGUACCUGACCCUGUGAAUUAUUCCACAAAAUACAGUCAGCUUCUGCGUCUGCAGUGCCCAGGCACUGGAGUUCUGAACAUGGUGUACAGCUCCCGUCUCAACUGGCUUGUGGUCGGCUGUGAGGACGGAUGUUACGGAUGGAAUCUCAGCAGUUACAAAAACACAAAACGUGAGCCUACUCUACAGUUCUGCCUACCUGACAGCGAUAACAGAAACAGUCAGGUUGAUGGAUUAACCAUGCUGCCUAAUGACAUUAUAGCAACCAAAUGUGUUGGUCAGUCUGUGAUCUGCUUGUGGCGUUUGGAGGAUUAUGUGACAGACAAGCCAGGGAAGAGUCCAAUCAGAGCUGUGGAUCCACUAUGUGGACUGAGAUACCCUCUAACCGAAACUGCUUACAUCAACAUAUCAGCAGCACAAGGUAUUUUGGUUGCGGGAGAUGACCAUGGCUCAGUGUAUAUGUAUAAUUUGCGGGAAAUGGCGAAAAAGAUGAGUUUCAGAAAAGGUGUGGCGUCGUCUUCAAGGGAGUUGCUGUGGCCAGAAGUGUCUACGAGUAAAAACUGUCCAAUAACAGAUCUGAAAGAUGAUGUUGUGGUGAAUAUGUGCAGUUUGAGGGCAGAUGGGCAAUUCCUUGUGUCCGGUACAGACAACAACAUAGUUUGCAUCUGGAGCCGAGACUAA